UGCGCGGGUUCUGCCUGGCGUCGUCAUGGCGGCUUUUCGCGACAUUGAGGAGGUGAGCCAGGGUCUGCUGAGCUUGCUGGGCGUCAACCGCGCCGAAGCGCAGCAGAGGCGGCUCCUGGGGCGUCACGAGCAGCUGGUGGAGCGGCUGCUGGAGACACAAGAGGACGCCGAGCAGAAGCUGCGAGAGACCCUGGAAGCUGAGAAGGAAGUGGUGCAAAGCCUUCUAGACUCAAAGGAGCAAGUGCACAAGAGGGGAGCUGAGCUGGAACAGCUGGAAGCUGAGCUCCGGAAGGUGUACGAGGAGGACACAGGGCUACAGGCCAGCCUCAGCCAGCUCACCAGAGAGCUGCAGGAGCUCCGGGAGCUGGAGGGUGAUCUGGAAAGGCAGGAGAGAGAGCUUGACGAGGAUACCACGGUCACCAUCCCUUCUGCUGUGUAUGUGGCUCAACUUUAUCACAGAAUUAGUAAAAUUGAGUGGGAUUAUGAGUGUGAGCCCGGGAUGAUCAAAGGCAGUAUCCUUUCUUGGAAAGCUGGUCAGGAGGAUCUCCACUGGAGGCCCGCUGUAGCAAAAUUAGGGAGGCUUUGUCUCAACACAUGGGAGCGGGGAGGAACUGGGUCGCCUAAGCCGUCCCUACGCCUGGGAGUCAUCGGUAAGGAGGCUGGUGAUGCCAGGGCUGCUGAACAAAUGCGAAGGCCCUGAACUCAAGCCCCAGGACUGGCACCAAGAAAGACCUAACAGAAAACAAAUGGAGGGCACGCCCGUGUCCCCCUCCCUACCACGCGCUCCUGCGGUUUUCCUUGCCUCUGCUC